GGUACAGAGAGAAACCGGUUUCUCUCUGGUUGGUAUAUCUGAUUGUUCGAAAACUUCGAAACAGCAGGUUCAGUUACCGGUUCCGGUUACCGGCGUCAAAAGUCUGGCUGAGUCUGGCUGGAAUAGUGCAGUUUAGUUCAGUUCGCCCGUUAGUGGUAUCACAUUUUCGCGAAUCUCUGAGUUUCUUUGAACAAAUUACUUGGUCUUCACAGUAUUAUCCUUUAUAAGACAGAAUCUUUGAAUCUUUGUAAAUCGUUGCUGCACACGAUUUCACCAUAACAAUUCGUGCGGGGUCAUAUUACCUUCACGGCGUGAUUAUCACACCGUGCAUGCACGAACGCAUCAUGCUCGUUGAUCUUUUCGAUAUAACGCCAAAAUCACACAAAAUACAAAUGGUUCCUGAUAAAGAUGGAGAUUUAUACGUUACCAACCUUAAGAUUGAAGAAAUACACAGUCCAGAUGAAUUACACGAAUGCCUACGAACUGUACAACGCAACCGUGCAGCAAUUGCAUCUUAUACUCAGUCAAAUAAACGAUCAUCCAAAUCUCAUUCAGUAGUAAGAAUACGCUUGAUUGGUACACAUGUUACGAAACAAGAGGAGUCAAUAGGAAAUCUGAAUUUAGUCGACUUAGCCGGGUCUGAACAUCUGAAAACUGAAGAAGCUGUUAGAACUGCAGAAACAAAGAAUAUUAACAAAUCUUUAGCCAAUCUUGGCAAGGUAAUUUUAGCACUAUUGAAAAAACAGGAACAUAUACCUUAUAAAAAAUCUAAAUUGACCCACCUGCUUAUGCCUUCUCUAGGAGGCAAUUCAAAAACUUUGAUGUUAUUAAAUGUAUCUCCAUUAGACGAAUGUUAUAACGAGACAUUAAAUUCGCUGAUAUUUGCCAGUAAAAUCAGUAAUUGCAAGACUGGAAAUGUUAAUGAAUAAUAAAGACAGAAUGACAUCACAAGUGAGAAUUAUCUGAGUUUUGAUGUAAAUGGAAAGCAACUAAUAUUUAUGAUCUUUUUUUGUUUAUAACAUAUUUUUCUUUUUAUUGUAAACAUUGUAAAGUAUAUCGCGUGUGUGCGUAACGAUCAGUUUGUACUGUUAUUUACAUUAUUAGAAAUGGAUUAGAAGGAAUAUGUCACUUUUUCUUUUAUCUUUCGAAGAGUAUUUCAGUUUCUAGUAUAACAUUGGACAAAAGUAGAUUAAUUUUGUUACUUAAUGCAUCACGAUUCUUAGAAGACUGUGAGAUACUGAUUUUUAUUGCAACAUAUUCGCCAAUUUGCAUAUAAGCAUAAUUAAUAUGAGGCAGCAUUAAAUGUGUUAUAUAUAUAUGUAAGACAUUGAGAAAGUGAUAUCGAUUAAGUCCCUAAGUAGAAACAUAUCUUCGAUGAAUUUUUCUGUUCCUCUUUUCUGUACUAUAAACAGCGAAACAAAAAUCAAAAUUAAACAGAAACAUGAACUCAA